CGUAAGCUUGUUUGUUUGGAGCUUCUCUUUUUUAAAUACAAACCCCCCACAAAACCGAGCCUCCAAGUCCAUUCAGCUGCCAAACAACACGAGUGGCACGCGAUAAAGAGGGAAGGUUUAUGUGGAAAACCCUGGCGGGUCAUGAAAACGGGCUGGCACGAGCACCUUCGCCACGACACGAACUUUUGCGUUUGAUAAACUGAAUUGAUAAUAGAAACACACGUUUUAGGCAUAUAGAGCUUAGGGAGAGUACCUGAUGACCUGAUCUUACGUGGGUUUCUGGGCGUUUGUUCUGGAAAUGCUUUCUUCGUUGCUUUUUUUCCUGAAACUUCCUGCACACGAAACGAUGCACCGGAAACGCUGUACAUCAGCAGUCAAGUCAUCGCUUUGAGGGAUGCAUUCAAUUACGCUUACGCGUCUAACAUACGAACUGUCUGCUGUUGUCCAAACAACAGUACUCCUCAAAAAGCCGAAAACAAUGAAUUGAUGCGUGACGCUUAUGCCGUUAACUCGCCGCGCCACAUGAAGAACUGAACCCCAAACCACCGUCAUCACAAGCCGCGAGCCCACUUUCCCCUCUACCUUUCGCUGGGGGGGAAGGUUUAUUAUGGUGAUACUUUUAUUGCUGGAAGAGUUCUUCAGCAAUAUAGUGCACGACGAUCGCUUUGGUGGAGGAUCUUUCCGGUGAUCCCGUUGCUGGCUGGUUCUUCUCUCGAGUAAACUAAGGUAAAGGGGUAAAUCAAGAUAGUUGGAUAAAAUCUGAUUUAUUGUUUCUUGUAACGUGAGGUUUGGAGUUGCUGAUGUUAUCUGCCUUUAUCGCACUCAUCACCAAUUCCUAAACAAUGUACCCGUGGCACACAAAGACGUGUCUCUCUACACUCCACAGCUUCCGUGCGCGCGUGAAUGUGUCGAUUAAGCGAACGCCUAAGAAAGUGGGUCAUUUAGUGCAGAAAUUGCCUGGCCACCCUUUUGUAAGGUGAGGUCGUCGCCACUCUUCCGCUGAUCCACCGUUGUCCUAUCGCUUCCAAAUCUCCAUUUACACGCCUGUUAACCUACCGAACCCCGCACGCCGGAGCGCAUUUCCCUUUUCCCCCAUUAGCAUGUGGUAUUAAUUAUUGUGCUCCCCAAACUACUCUCUCCCCUCAACCCCAUCUCCGUGAUGAUGGUCCGUGAUGGAGAAGUUAAUUGCGCCAAAUGUAAAAUCGCCAAAACAUUCGGCACCUUCAAUCGGGUAGCGGCGGCAAGCCAACCAAACGGCGUAUCGACAUGGACACGUCGAACUUGAAAUGAUCACCCUUGUGAGGGUUUUUUUUGUGGCUUUUGCGAACUUCCCCAAGGCGCGAGUACCGUUUGGGAUAGUAGGAUAUGAUUAAUUGCUUUCUACUCGGUCGGCUAGGUUAGGGCAGGGCUGGGGCAGCUGGUUUAAUUAUAUUUGAGAGCACUUUCGUCGUGGUCGUCGUUGCUUUCUUUCCUGGAUGUCGAAGAUUGUAGAUAAAUGUUUCAUGUUUUAAAUCGAGGAGAAAAUCGAGCAAAGAGUUUACUAUUGACCGAGAAAGAUACGGCGCCGGCCGUGUUCAAUGGCAAAGGUGUGUGUGUUAGGCGGUCGUGGGCCACUAUGAAAUCCAAUGAGUCAAUUGGGUUGCUUUAUUUUGGCCCCAAACGCUGCGUUGCCUUGUCCGUAAUACUUUAAUCCGAUCGGUUUCCGCCUGUCUGGGAAGCAUCAAAAUUCAUUCCCCCGUUGCGAGUAAGGGACGCUCAUUUCUCCUUCCUAUAUCUAUUGGCUCUUUCUGCGCCAUUCUUUGCCGACUAAUGGAAUUUGGAACGCUCCUGAUAGCGGCUAUCUAUCGAUUGGACCCAACGCGCGAACCACGACAAGGUGUGGUGCUCUCCCUUUUGAUGCUCGAAUAGGCCCACUUACUCACGUUCUCCGACCGUGGCCCGUCUGCACCUUCUCUGCUGCCCCCAGCCUAGCCUACAAGGGAAAGACGAUAACGCUUGCACCGGUUGCAACGGUUCCACAUACACCGAUGUGAAAAGAUAGCAGGAGUUGUCGUCGUGCCGUGUUGGACCCAACGCGUUCAUGAUGACGUAUUUCCUGUGCGGGCAGCAAAAGCAAACUGUCAUACACCGUCAUCUGCCGGGGGGUUGUGUAGGGUGUAGGGUCUCACACACACGCACCCAUUUCCCAUGUCACAUCAAUCAACUCGGUUCGGUUAAGCAGAGACUUCCUUCCGCGGCUCGUUUUGGUGUGUGGAGAGGAUUUCACGGAGCAUUCACGCACUGCAGUAACUGGAUCGCUGCUAGCUCCAGUCACCCAACUCAUCCACCAGUGGAGUGUUUUCGCUUAGUCAGUGAGUCGCUUAUCAUCGGCCCUUAAAAGCGAGCUGAGCGGAGAGGCUUCUCGCUGAGUAGGGCUACGGCGAAAACGUGAUCGCUCUGUCUUUCUGUGUGCAUGAGAUCAUUUGCCGCACUGUGAAGUCAUCCAUAUUUUGGGAUCCUCUGUUUUGUUGACGGGGAGUUCAAAUCUACGAACCCAUCACACCACCCGCGGCCACGCCAACACACUGAGUUGGUGAGAGAGAGAGAUGUGGGUCAAUCAAUCAAAUUGAUUAUUCUUCAUAUUGAAACCAAAAGGUUCCGUUUCGGUGGUGUGGCACCAUGGCAGUGUGUGAGCCGUACGGAACAUUCUCCAUUAGCGUGGCGAUUAGUGUUAGGAUUGUCGUUAAUUUGUGUGCUCACUCAACGGGGGAUGGGGACCUGUACAUGUCACCACUACAGCUCUAACAACAGCCCUUGUCGAGCUGUACAGUAAAUGGUGUAAAUCCACUGCAAGGUUUCACGGUGUCUGGCACUCAGGCCCCCUCGAUACUGGGGUCGUGUGGUGUGUGUUCCCCUCUGUCAACACAUACCAGCCAGACGCGGGGAGUCACCAAGCCCGGCACAACGGUGGGUUAUGGAUUUCAUUAGCUCACUAAAUGAACCAUCGAAGCACGGAGGGUGGAAAAAUAAACCAUAGAUAAGCUCCAGUGCCAAGACGACGACCACGUCCUCCAGUGCGCUCAGCCCUGUACUGGUACUUGUAUAGGGUGGCCGUUCUAGCAGAUAAGCAGUGGGACAUUACCAUUAAAUGGUUUUAGACAGUUAACUCAGCGCUUACUGCUGCAAUUGAAACCGCCAAAUACGUGCCCUGCAAUGAUCGACAAUUCAAUAAAAUGCGCCCCGAUGGAGGGUGAGGGCCUGUGGAGAACAUUUCGAGCGAUGAAGUCAUCCAAUCGCCUAUCAGCGUUAGAACGGCGUCACUUAAACGGGGGAUAAUAGUUUGUUUACUCUCUUGACGCAUCAGUUCCACCGACUGGAUGGACAUUUAGUACCUGCAAGAGUGUAAAAGUAUUAUCAAACAACAUUACUGCACACUUGCUCAUAGGUACGAAUCACUACAUCGGUAUCACGUUGUGAACAACUACCACACACCGAACCAAUUACCCAGGGCAGGAACUGCUGUGACCACAACUCAUUGUUGAGUGUGAUAAGGUGUGAAUGUUUACUGCCAAUAAACAGCUGCAUCCAGGACGUCACGCGACACCACGUUUCGAAUUCUCCACUGCUCCACUGUGAUAAACACACAAUGGUUCGAUUUCACAAAGUGCUAGAAUAUUCCUGCAUCCACCAUAUCCACGUCGUCCACACAGACGCGUCCUCCACAGGCUCUCCACGACGGUCUCUCUUACUCUAAUGAUCAACGCACGUGUUUUGUAUUGCGCGCGCUCCUAUGACCCUGCGCGCACACACACAGUACAGUGGUGGUGAUGCUUCAUGAAUCAUUUCCAUAGACACUUCAUGACGUCGUGUCUGCGGUCAACGCAGAGGGAUGUAUCGCUCGUUGCUGCUGCUGCCUGUGGCGGGGUCUGAUUAUUGUUUAUCGAGGCAGCUGCUGGAGAAGAUUUCGAUCGAUCUGACACACUCGCGUUGCUAAACGCGCGCUGCUACCCCAACCGAGCGCGCGGCAAUUUCGUUGCCUUGAAGCGGGUACAGUUGAUCUUAAGCUUUAGUGCCUAGCCUUGUCUGUGUUGUGGUUGUUGGUAGCUUAAGAUUAAUUGAACGUGUACAACGAUAAGUGUGCGAAUGGACACACAAAGGAAGAAUCCCACAAGAGGCAAACGGCGGAGGAGGGCGCGAAAGAUCACCCAAAUCAAAUCAAACGCAAUGAUUUGGCAGUCUCGUGCUAGUUUCGUCUCGCAACGCCCCAAAGAAGCAGCGUUGAACAUCUUGCCGUCGUGUGUCCAUCCGCAAAAAGGUGGUGGAGGCAAUAUUUUGCGGCAUCAAAAUUCCAGUUUGGCUGCAGCAUCUUCUCCUCCUCCAUCCCUAUUGUCCAGUGUUCGUCUUUGCGGAUCACCACUUUGAAGCUGGGUGGUGGUGUUGGCAUUUGAUAAUUGUUGUCAGAUCUUCUGACAGAUAGAAUGAUAGGUGGUGAGAGCUAGAAACGCGGUGGAGUUAAUACGAUCGCAUUGAAGAAGUGUGAUCUUGAAGAUCGAAGAUGGGGGGGGGAAAUAUUGAAGUCCACAGAAUUAAGUACGCCUUACAAUUCGUCAGCUGCAUGAUGGAAGUUUGCUUCAUUCGUACCUUAUCAUUGCCGCACAUACCUCCACAUUAUCACGCCAUUAAAUCAAUAGAUAAUGGUAUCAUCAGAAAUUGCGCCAUUUUGAUGAUAAGUUGCUAUCGUCUUGUAACCCCAAAUAGCCAAAUCAUGAUAACAGACUCAUAUCAGAACCGAUUUACGACGUCUUAUAUAGUGACUUAAAGAUAUACUUAUAGCAGUAAUAAUAAGACUUGGUUUGUGAAAAUUAUUAAGCCAUAAUUAUAGAAAAAAGUACCAUAAUAUGAAAUAUUUAAUUUAUGGUAAUGAAACAUUUCAGACUCUUUUCAUGGUUCAUUUUGUUUAAAUGAAAUAAUUCGAAAAAAAUUGAAAGUUUGGAUGAUUCGUUAAAAAAAUUUCGUUGUUUAUUUUUUUCGUUUAGUUUUGCUUGACAACUCAAUGUUUUUUAUCUCUUUCCGUACACGCGCCAAAAACAUAUCCGCCGAAUGAAAAUACAAUACAAAUGAGUAUUGUGUUGGGUUUGAAAAUUCCUCAUAAAUUCAUCAGACUGCAAACUGGAAGGUUCUAGUUUUUUGUUUCAAUCGAGUAUUGUGUUCCGAAUGCUGGCUAUUGCAUUGGGCUAUUGCCACAACUUACUGGCGAAGCACUGUAAUUAAAAAGCAGUAAAUAAUAAAAAAUCUUUUAGUUCAAAGAGUUUGUACGUGUUUUCCGUAUCCGUGAGAAGAAACAAUAUCUAACUAUGCCAUUCUCAAUAGUGCAAACCCGUGGGCCUAAAGGGUACGCUGAAUUAAGCAUUGUUCCUGAUUCCUGGGUUCAAGGCACUAGCCAUAAAAAAACAUAUCUGUUUUGGCCAAACGUUAAAGGAAACAUACAACAUCUAAUUACGAAUGAUAAUAGUGUUCCGGAAGAAGGAUGGACGAAACAGGAGUGUCAGAUUAAGCGGCAAGGAUUAUCAUACGAAGCUGCUGAUUGCACUAUAAUGAUCAUGUCCGGCGAAUCAUCUACAGAUUCCGGAAAGGAACCGAUAUUAGCUAGUUGCAGAGAAACAACUUCAUACGCUGAUAUGUUUUCAACAAGAAUUGUGGAAAACUCUUUAACUCCAAUCCGCGUCGAGAAUGAAAUCGACAUCUCCUCACCACCUACGUCGCCUCUUACACCAAGUUUGUCAGAAGUGGAUGAAUAUGUUGGUUCAGUUGAGGUAGUCCCAGAAGAAGUUUCACGUGACAAGACGAUAAAAGAAAUACUAGAAGCCCAAACUAAUAUGAUGAUAGAGCUUCGUAAUGAGCAAAAGCAGAUUUUAAAAGAACAAAAGAAAAUAGUGAGUCGUAUCGGCAUAAUCGAAGUACAAUUAAAUACUUUACUUAAUCAUACCGAAGUAAGUACUACUAAUCUUACUGGUUUUGACCAUCCAUUCGUAGACAAUGCCGAAGAUCUGGAAAAAUUUGAAAAUGAUUUAGAUGAGGAAGAAUAUUAUACCCAAGUAGUAAGCUUAUUGAAACAAAAAAUUAUUGAUAAAGAUAUAAACAACAGAAUGUUAGCAACCCUUGAUGCCCUUUUCGAUAGGAGUUUCUUAACAAAGUGCACAUGGACAGGUAUUUCUAAAUCAGGAACUAAAAUAGCAAUGCAUUCAUUUAAAAAUGUAGUAAAUCUUUUUAAAUGCGUAGGAAGUACUAACCUUGUGCCAGUCACAGAUGAAACGGUGCGAGGUUUCUUCAUGAAUAGAUUAAAACACGCAUUAGAACGAUCUAAGGCCAAAGGUCUACGCAAAUCAACUAGCCGUAAAAGAAAAUUAAUAUAAAUUCUUGCCUACAUUUAAGAAACAUAAAACCUUUCAUUUAUUUGCCUUACUUACUACAUAAAUCUAGCUCUAACAUUUUCUAUUUCAAUACGUGAAAUUAAACUUAGGUUAACGUGUGCAACAAUGGAAUAAACAAAUAUUCAGAACUAUUAUCUACACUAUACGCAACUAAUUUGCAUUUAAUAUCGCCAGGAUGACAAACUAGUUCGUUAGGAUUUAAGCUCUUAAGAUCGCCAAGAAAAAUGUUUAUAAUUCUUGAUGGAAAUGGUGAUAAAAAAUAAUCUGUCUUGUCGGUUAUUUCUUGUCCAAAUAUACUUAUCUUUUUGUUGUUUUGUUCUGAAGACUUUGUGUAUUUGACAAUCUUAUUAUCUUUUGUCAUGUACCAUUCGUUUCCGUUAUCUUUACAAAGUAUAAAAUUUUUCAUUUGCAAGAUGGUAUCCCCAUUUGGUUUGGUUUUGGUUGAUAUGCAAAAUUCUUUAUGAUUCAUAGAACGUAAAUCAUGACUAAAUGCUUCCAAUUCCGAUAGUCUAUUUACUAUUUGUUGAAGAUGCUGAUCUGCUUUGCGAAGAUGUUUUUUUAAACCUCCCAGAGCAUUUUCAAAAUCAUAGGUGGAAAUUGAAGGUAAAGGACCGAACUUUUGUACUUCUUUUGAGAUGUGAAUUAAGUUGUGCACAUUACUGGUUAAAAAUUUCUCUCCGUACAGUUUACCGAAAUCUUCAACAUAAACCUUAAGCAUUUCACCAGCGAUUUUCCAAUUAGAACGAUAAACUUCAGAAGAUAGCAAAACUAUGGCACAAAACAAGAGUUUGAAGUGCUCAUAUUCUUUAUCAGGCAAAUUAUCUUUCAAAAUAUAAAUGCUAAGAUAGUUAAAAAAACUAUGGAAUUGGGUACCUUUCCAAAAUUUGAGGUCUUCUAGUGGACCAAGUUUUCGAUGGAUUUCUUUGGGCAGUUUAACUUUUAUAAUUUUUUUAGAUAUUUCUUCAAUCUGUUUAGCAAACCAUUUAGUUCUAAGACCUAGUUUUCCAUCUCUCCAACCUAAUAGUAAUCUACGCAUUAUCCCCAAAUCGAUUAAAUGAAGAUUGUCACCAACUAUGACAUCAUCAAUAAUAUCGAAAUUCUUCAAGCCUAGAAGAGGCGAUACUUCCCUGUGAUGUUUUCCGUACACCUUACGACGAAAGUUACGAUCCGUUCUCAGUGGUGCAUUUGUAUCCUUAAAAAUGGUACAUCUGCCUUCGUCAUUGAAUUCUCCCUCGCAGGUGCACUUUGCACAUCCCUCCUUUGCAUUGAAAUAUGCAACACCUGAAAAGAAAAAUAGUAUGAGUACUAUAUAUUCGCAUUUGAAUUGAUAUCUUAUAAAGUACAUGAACACACAUGAUUUGCGAGAUGUAGCGUAAAGCCACAGCUUUUAAUCGUUGUGAAGAAUUUUGCCAGGAGGCAGUCUGAUUUUUAAUUUUGGUAAGAAUAAUAGUAGGCCUAGAGCCCUUUGAUCAAGUUACGCUGAAUUAACUUAUCUAACUUAUCUACCUUACUGUUGUGGAUAGACGUGCCGAGCCCUGGAUUUGCCGUAGCAGUUGCGCUGCUGCUGGUCGACAUCCAGGGAUCGACACUGCGCUCACGCACACUACUACGCCACACUUAGCGAUGCGCGCUAAGUGUGUGCAGAGCGCAUCUAACCCAGAAGAGUGAGUGUGUUACAGGCUACCGGUCGAGCAGGGCUCAUGGUGCGGCUCGUGCGCGCGGCCUCAUACUUCAUUGUAUUGUGUUUUGUUAUUAUUUAUUAUUGUACAGGCGGUCCCCGAGAUACACGGUUAAUGGGGACCGAAAACGGCCGCAAAAUACCGCGUAUCUCGAAUUUCCGCGUAAGUCGAAUCUCGUGAUUUCCAGCUAAAAUAUCACAAUUUUUCGUGUAAUUUUGCAAGUAGGGGGCGGUUUUAGUCACUUUAUGAAUUAUUUGAUAUGAUUCUGACUGAAUAUAUCAGUUUUAAACCUUUUGAAAUAGUUUUUAACAUUCGAUCAAAACGGAAAUUAUUUGGCAAUUGGAAAUUGAUGUGUCAAAUCAGUACAAUUUGCGCAAAGAAUUGUCAAAUUUAGAAAACCGCGUAUCUCCGAAUCUGCGUAUAAGAGGUACCGUGUAUCUCGGGGACCGCCUGUAUUCGUUUUAAUAAAUGUGUAGAAGUUUCAAAACAUAAAACUUACACUACUAGUACAAUAUAGAAUAAAAAAAGAAAAAAUAAACACAGGUGGUCCCCGAGAUACACGGUUAAUGGGAACUGAAAACGUCCGAAAAAUACAGCGUAUCUCGAAUUUCCGCGUAAGUCGAAUCCAGUAAUUUUCAGCCCAAAUUUAACUAAUGCUCAUGUAAUUUUGCAAGCAUGGGGUGGUUUUAGCCACUUAGUUAAUUAUUUGAUAAAAUUCUGACUAAAUUUAACAGUUUUAACUCUUUUGAAAUGUUUUGAACAUUCGAUCAAAAGAGAAUUUUUUUGGCCUUUGACAGUAGAUGUGUCAAAUCAGUAAAAUUUGCUCAAAGAAUUGUCAAAUUCAGAAAACCGCGUAUCUCCGAAUCCGCGCAUAAGAGGUACCGUGUAUCUAUAAUUUUAAACAUAAAAAAUUAAAAAAGCACCGUUAGAAGGUGAGAACCGACGCUAUACUUUUAGCUUUUAGCCGUUCUCUUAGGUAAUGGACAGAAAAGCGCUGAAUGCGAUUUUGUCACAUGCGCCAAGAAAUUAGUUUUCUCAAUUUACUACCUGUUUGAGGUACUAAUAUGACUCAUUAUUGUAUCUCUAUAGGGAUAAUCAUUAUAUGAUGUGAUUUAAACCAUUUGAAAUUUGACAAAAUGCAUGCGACGAAGCGGCAAAAUCGCAGCUGCUGUCAUUUAUGUCCAAUCCCAUACUAAAGCUUGCACUACGAGCAACAGCAACGCGCAAAGAAAGGGUGAAGGGUCAUGCCGCCCUGGCAGCAUCGUGAUCGAGAGGGCAAGGGUGCCAUACCGCCCUGGAUGCAGCAUCACUUGCAUCAGCAUCAGCACCAGCAGCAGCGAGCAGCAGCAACGUGUGAAGUAAGGGCGAGGGUCUAUGCCACUAAGCAUCAGCAGCAGAGUGCAGCAGCAAAAACAGCAGGAACGUGUGAAGGAAGGGCGAGGGUCCAUGUCGCCCAGCAUCAACAACAGCAGCAAUAGUGUCACAAUGUCCAAGGAGGGCGAGGUUGCCCUGCUGCAACACUGUGAGUGGAAAGAGGGGCGAGACCACAUGACGUCCCGGUGGCAAUCUUGUUCUAUAGGGGCAAGGGAGGACAUGCCGCCCCGGCUACAGCCCGUUUCAUGAACAGGGACAGGGACUUCAUAAUCACCAUCUCAUCAGCGAGCUUCAACCCGAUGAAGGCACACGCACCAUCACCGCCGCCGCAAGUAAUCGUCGCCAACACGGAUCAAGUGCGAUGGCGAUGGCGGGGCGGAAAAGGGUGCCGGUAGCCGUAAGCUAAGAAAAGCGCCCACACCACAGCAUUCCCAGAUUUCAUCAGCAUCGGCCGGAAGGUGUCACCACACCGGUAUUCCCUCAGUGUAAUAUCCCGUGUCGGUUCGACUCCUCCGGAUAAAUAAAGGGAGAGAUGUUGUGGGCAGCCGUGCGUGCCGACCCUUGGACUUGCCGUGGCAGUUGCGCUGCCACCGGUCAACGUCCACGGGGACGACAGUGUGUACACGCACACUGUCGCACACACUAAGUGUUGUGGGCAGCCGUGCCGACCCCUGGACUUGCCGUGGCAGUUGCGCUGCCACCGGUCAACGUCCAGGGGGACGACAGUGUGUCACGCACACUGUCGCACACACUAAGCAGCGCAAGGCUUAGUGUGUGCCGAGCGCACAGUGAGAGUGUGUUUGCGAGCCGAUCGAGCAGGAGCUCUCGGCAGGGGCGCUCGGUGCGGCUGGUGCGCGACCACCGUAAUUGUACGUUUUAAAGUGUUGUACGUUUUUAUAUUAUUUAUUAUGUAAAGUUUUAAUAUGUGUAAAUAAAAUAAGAAGUACAAAGAGCAGUUCACAACACUAAGUGUUAUGGCCGAACCUGCCUAACGGCUAAGGGCACUCACCGAAGACAGGCAAUGGUCUUCGGGUGAUGUGUGAGUGUAGCAGGUCGGGCCAGAGAGAGAUCCGAGCGGCAAAGUGGAUUAUUAUACUGUAGGCUACCGCAUGGGCAACAAGAGGAAAUAGAGAAAGGCAUAUUCCAUAUAUUCAGAAAGACGAAAGUGUACUGUAUUCGAUAGAAGGGUGGCGAUAUCACAACACUAAGCGUGCAAGGCUUACACAAAUUGCGAAGGAAGUGUGGGGCAAGUUUCUGUAUGAAUAAAAGUAUAAAACACACUGGGAAAUCAUUUUAUAAAUUUCCAAAUCUAAACAAAACAUAUGAGAAGACGAAAAAACAUAGCGCGUUGGAAUUUGAGGAGGAAAACAUAUAAGACGUCUAGCAGUUUUUCGUCUGCGUCAGAGCGCGCACUAAAGAUGCGUUUCCUGUCACAACCAUUCAAGUUGCAUGAAAAAAGACUUCGACAACCACAUUCAGUCAUUUCCUAAGUGGUUGCCAACAGAGCAAUCCGUAUCCAUUAGCCGGCAGCUGGAACUGGCUAUUGACUCCGACGAUUCGUAAAAUUCCGGAUGUCGACUGGCGGCUCCGGAUGGUAAAAGGUUCUAGCCUUGGAAUAGUGCACCUUCCUUACGAAGCCGCUUGGCGGAUUCAUUUAGAAACGAUGCCGAUUUUUGUCUUUACCCAUUACUAGUUUUUUUUACAAUAACAUGAGAUCUUUACAUGGUAUUACAAGACGCUCGAUCCUCCUCUCACUCUUGUUGGCCUGAUUGGUUUAAUCCGAUGAUAGUUCUACUACAGAUGUACCAAUCGGGUAAAGUAAGGUUCACGCCCAGUAAUCCGCACUUUUGACAACCAAAUUUAUGAUAAGAAAUAGUGUUUGUGUAAAAGCGUUAUUUAGGGACCAAUUCUAAGUGAUAGAAUGUAAGAGGAAGUGUUACUUGUUUAGGUAAUAAAGAUCAUUCGAGUCCAGAAAGUCAAAGCGUACGAAUGAUACAAAAAAAAAUCGGUCAAAAGUACAUUUGAUGAAAAGGAUUAGUAUCUUUCAAUUUUUUUAAA